UAACGCCCAUCUAUUGCUUCCAAUAACAGAGAGAGAGAGAGAGAGAGAUUUUUUUUCUUGUCCUCUCCUCGCGAUCCGAUCUCGAUGGCGAACGCGACGCCCCCGCCGAUCUCCGCGCAGCUCGCCCGGCCGUCGCCGUCCUUCCGGCUCCGCACCUCGAACCUCAACAACCUCCGCCUCCGGCGCGUAUUCGACCUCUUCGACCGGAACGGCGACGGCGAGAUCACCGUCGAGGAGAUCUGCCAGGCCCUCGACCGCCUCGGCCUUGGCGCCGACCCCACCGAGCUCGCCUCCACCGUCGCCGCCUACAUCCGCCCCGGCGCCGCCGGCCUCGCCUUCGACGACUUCGAGGCCCUCCACCGCGCCCUCGGCGACGCCCUUUUCGGCGCCCCCCCCUCCCCCGCCUGCGAGGCCGCCGAGGAGGAGGACAUGCGGGAGGCCUUCAACGUGUUCGACGAGAACGGCGACGGCUUCAUCUCCGCCAAGGAGCUCCAGGCCGUGCUCGACAAGCUCGGCCUCCCCGACGGCCGGAGCAUCGACCGGGUCCACCAGAUGAUCUGCUCCGUGGACCGUGAUCUCGAUGGACAGGUGGAUUUCUCCGAGUUCGUGCACAUGAUGCGCGCCAUCACCGUCCAGUCCAGCUGAUUGAUUAGUAUUAAUGCAGCCAACUCCUUCUAAUUCAUCCUCAGCAUUAAUGCAUCAUAUCUCGCUGCUUUGGGUGCGUGACAUGUUAUUUAAAUAUGCUUGCUUGUUUUGAUGUUUUGACCAGUUAAUGGGACGGGGAAAAUAUUGUUAUGUUAUUAAUUUUGUGAUUAACUCCAUUAUGUAUGGACGAAUUGGACAAGUGGCAACGGAGUUUGUUAUGUUUUGGAUCAAAAUGAUUGAUUUGGAUUGGUCAAUGUUGCUUCUAUUUUGGUUGUUUAAGUUAAUCACUUUGUGUUUAAAAAAUAAAUGUUGUU